GGUCGAUGACGAAAUGGGGUCUCCCUAAAUCGAAUGAAAGCUGCCAAUUGUGAUUUGUGCCAUCGAAGAUCAUCGCUCGCCUGGAUUCCACCGUCCAAUCCUCUGCAUCAUCGUAUCACCAAUGUCAUCAUAAGAGCGACGAGAGCACAGCCUCUCGUGUUAGGUUGCCACGCCAAGCAGUUGACUUGCAACAACGAGGCUACCAAAUACUUUAAAACCAUGUGCUCCAUCUCAAGGGCUCUGAAAUGCUGAUCAUUCUAUAAACCCGGUCAGCAAUGUCUGAGUCAAGCAGUGCGACGGAUCUCGCCGCCACAAUCAUCGCAGCUGCCGCGCUUUCCAUCUCGUCCUUGGCACUAUUUGUCGCCAUCGGCCAAAUCACCCAGCAGUACAUCUCGACUGCAGAAGGGUACCGACGAUGUCAAUCGCCCGUGAUGGGCGCCUGGGCCCAAGGUACAAGGAAACGAUUUAUUCCGCGAGAAUUGCGAUUUCAAACCGUUUACCAAAGUCCACAUCUGUCGUUGGAGUCGCCAACCGCGCUGCCGGAGGAGAGGUAUUUUGUGGGAAGCGACGAGCUGCCGAAUCAGCAACGGUACCUUGAACAUAGAAAGUCUCACAGAUGGCGGUUUCUGCUAGAUCGGAGACAUGACAGCUCUCCCCCAACCCUGAGAGCGUCGUGGCUCGUGCUUCUGGAACAGUUGAGAGUCUACCAAGGUGCCGUUUAUGGAAGUCUGACGUCUCAGAGACUAGGCCUCGUGAACGAGAAGAAGGGGACGGGAGAUGUCGAGUCGAGAGCUUGGGAGUUCAGUUCAUCGAAUCUGAAUGCAUGGUUCACAGCACUAAAGACUGAUUCUCAAUCCGAAUGGCUGACACUUCCAGCGGCCGAAGUGACCGAAUUUGCAUGGGACUUCAUGCCGCCUGAAGCGCUACGUCCCUUCGCCAGCAUCUCCCUAGGUGAUCUACUUGUUAUCGGCCAUCGUAUCGGUCUAGACUGGACAGCCGUUGACCCUCUACAAGGGAUCCUCCAGGCGCAAGACGACAACGGCAACAUCAUCAGCUCUAGCGACAUCCGAGGCCUAGGCACGCUGAUCACAUUUUUCCACGACGAACCAGAUCGCGGGAAUCAAUCUGCCUACACAAACGCAUUCAUGCCGAUUCCCACUACCGCUGCGGAUAAACUCGCUUUCGGCAUCAUCCCAGGCGACCAGCGCCUUGGGUUGAAUGACGUCCUCGCUACUACUGACUCGGAUUGUCUAGACUACAUAGCCUCGCUAGAUCCUAAGGCGCGUCGAAUCAUGAACAACAGCUUCAAGACGUCCGACCCACACAAGACCGGCUUCGACCAGCUUAUGUCUUUGAUCUCGCCAUGUCUUCUUUUACCAAACUGUCGACUAAUCCGCGUCCGCUUGCCUCAUCGCACGGCUGUCUAUGGACUUUUAUACGUCAUGGAAGGCUACGUAGUAUUUCGUGAACGCAUGAAGGAAAUAAAAGACAGCGCCUCGUCCCCAGAUGUGCGAGAAAAUGCAAUAUGGAUAUGGGACCGAUGGCAGGAGAUUCCCAAACAGAUCCACGGAGCCUUCGAGCCAGCAAUUAUAGUCGACAAAGCAGACCCUGUAGUCCUCGCCGAGACGAUGUCACGAGUCCACAACGAAUGUACCACGCGACUGGAGGCAUGGACCCGGAAAUUUCUCCAAGACAUCGACGAUGUCCUCUCCCAAGUUGAAUCAAACUACCGCCCAUCGCCAAAUCGUCAACCAAUCAAGGAACUUGUACGGUCACACAUGCUCCAGGCCAUCAAGAUCUGGGGCUCAGCAGCCGAUCAUAUAGCCCGGGGCAAGCCGGUGAAAAUGUACGGUCUUGAGAAGAUGGGCUGGCCGGAGGGGCCUAUUUACUGCCAAAUGAUGAAUCUCCAAAUGGACGAUGCCCCCACAAUUGCAGCGGAGGUCGUCCGCCGCGUCAUAAGUCCCAGUCGGAUUCACCAGAUUGAAACCUCCCCUCUGGCAUCGAAGAUCCAGGACUUCGAAGAGAGUGUCGAAGGGGCAUGGUAUAUUCUAACUUUCCGAGCGUUGAUCUUCAAUCGCUCGCAUGUCUUUCAGAACCCGGCUCGUGCAGGAGGUAGACCGUACAAGUUGAUCCCGGCGGAGUGGUGCAAUAGUAAGAUGCCGAUUUAUAUUGGUUGAGAUGAUGCUCUAGAAGAUAGGUUUUCUUUUCCAAUUUUGAGACUUUCGUUUGUCUUUCUUUCUUCCUCGCCUUCCCCCUCUUCUUUUUUAUUUCUUUGUUUCUUUCUUUCUGUUCCUUGCAGCGUCAUUCACUAGAGUAUAGGAAUUCAAUCGUUCUAUGGAUGCA